CAAACCCAAUUCCUAAGAGCCACACGCACAAGAGAAAUUCAUGCGUCUUCUUCCCAUCUUAUAUCUCUGUAUCUCUCUCUCGCUCAUGCACAUUCUUCACCCGCUAACUAACACGACACGAUAUUAACGCGUUCAGAUCCUUCAUUUCCCAGGAGAUAUACUGUUUUUUCUGUUUCCGCUAUGAACCCUAAUUCUUAUUUUUUCAAUCUCACCUCUGGUGCCGUUCCCUUGAUCUCUCCGUCGUCUUUCUCCAGCGACCCUCUUGUUUCGAAGAGGCUGCUUUUCUUGAAACACGUUCAGAUUCUCGAGCUUUUCGUUGCCCUUUCCGUGUUCAUCGCCAUACAUUCCUUGCGUCAGAGGAAACGUUAUGGUCUGCCCCUCUGGCCGGUUCUCGGCAUGUUGCCGUCUCUUGUUUUUGGUAUCAGAGGCAACAUCUACGAGUGGAUGACCGAUGUUCUUUGUCGUCAAAACGGGACGUUCUGGUUCAGAGGUCCGUGGUUUAGCAGCCUGAACUGCGUCGUUACUUGUGAUCCACGAAACAUCGAGUACCUUCUCAAGACACGUUUCUCCGUCUUCCCGAAAGGGUCCUACUUCCGGGAAACACUCCGUGAUCUUCUAGGUGACGGGAUAUUCAAUGCGGAUGACGAGAUGUGGCAGCGACAGAGGAAGACAGCCAGCAUCGAGUUUCACUCCGCCAAGUUCAGACAGCUGACGACUCAGUCAUUGCUUGAACUCGUGCACAAGAGGCUCUUGCCGGUUCUGGAAACUUCUGCGAAAGCCUCCUCGCUGAUCGAUCUCCAAGACGUGUUAUUAAGGCUAACGUUCGAUAACGUGUGUAUGAUCGCAUUCGGCGUUGAUCCUGGCUGCCUCAGUCCGGGAUUACCAGAAAUACCCUUUGCAAGGGCCUUUGAGGAUGCUACAGAGGCCACGGUGAUGAGAUUCGUCACGCCCACUUGCGUGUGGAAGCUCAUGAGGCACCUAAACUUUGGAGUCGAAAAGAAGCUUAAGACGUCGAUCAAGGGUGUGGAUGAUUUUGCAGAAGAAGUCAUCCGGACAAGGAAGAAGGAACUGUCUCUGCAGAGGAAUGAUGGCGACGAUGAACACAAGAACACGAAGAGAUCGGAUCUCUUGACGGUGUUCAUGGGUCUGAAAGAUGAGAAAGGGGAGCCGUUUUCGGACAAGUUUCUUCGCGAUAUCUGCGUGAACUUCAUUCUGGCAGGAAGAGACACUUCCUCUGUUGCUCUGAGUUGGUUUUUCUGGUUGCUCGAGAAGAAUCCGAAAGCGGAAGAGAGAAUCAUGGAGGAGGUAUGCAAGAUUCUGAGCGAGAGAGGGGGAGAAACAGAGGGAGAGGGGGAGAAGAAGAGGGAAUAUGAACCGGUUUUCAGACCGGAAGAGAUCAAGAAGAUGGAUUAUCUUCAAGCUGCUUUGUCUGAAGCUCUCAGACUGUAUCCUUCAGUUCCCGUGGAUCACAAGGAGGUUCUUGAAGAUAAUGUAUUUCCGGAUGGUACGGCGCUAAAGAAAGGAGAGAAAGUGAUAUACGCGAUAUACGCAAUGGGAAGAAUGGAGGCGAUAUGGGGAAAAGACUGCAGUGAAUUCAGGCCAGAAAGAUGGCUGAGAGACGGCCGCUACACGAGCGAAUCUGCGUACAAAUUCACGGCCUUCAACGGCGGUCCGCGGCUGUGCUUGGGCAAAGAUUUCGCGUAUUACCAGAUGAAAUUCGCGGCCGCGUCGAUCGUUUAUCGGUACAGAGUCAGGGUCGUGAAUGGUCAUCCGGUCCAGCCGAAACUGGCGCUCACCAUGUACAUGAAGCAUGGCUUGAGAGUGAACAUGAUCAAGAGGGAUGUCUAUGAAAUUAACGAGUGUUAUGAUAAGAUUAGUGUAUGAUCAAGAAGUUAAUGUUUAUAUUUUGGUUUGAUCUUUUUUAUAUGGCAGUUGUAUACAAUAUGGUUUCAUGUGAUAACCAUAUGUAGUUGCGUAUGGUAAUGGGAACAAAUAUGGCGAGCCGGCUGGUUUGUAAGAAUGUAAUAAAUUUGAUUUUUGUGUGUGUGUAUAAAUUAAUUUAUAUUGAGGGUUUUAGAUUA